AUGGACAGAUCCUGCCAAGCAAAUGAGCAGCCACAGGGUUUGCCCGAGACGGACGAGGAGCAGCCUCGGGCAGAGCCCACGCCCGAAGAGCCUCAUCGGGAGGAGCUUUGUCGGGAGGAGCCUCGUCCGGAGGAGCCUUGUCCGGAGGAGGAGGAGCCUUGUCCGGAGGAGCUUUCUACCGAGGAGCUGUCUUCGGAAGAGCAAUCCUCCGAGGACGAGUUCUUUCCCGAGGAGCUCCUUCCCGAGCUCCUUCCCGAGCUGCUGAUGUCCGAGGGGCGCCCCCUAGAGGAGCGCCUUUCCGGGCCGGACCUGUUCGAGGCGCGCCCUCCCAUGGAGCAGCCUCCUUGCGGAGUGGGAAAACAUAAGCUGGAAGAAGGAAGCUUUAAGGAAAGGCUGGCUCGCUCUCGCCCACAGUUUAAAGGGGACAUACACGGCAGAAAUUUGAGCAACGAGGAGAUGAUAAAGGUAGCAGAGGAGAUGGAAGAGAUGAAAAGAGUACGAAACAAAUUGAUGAUCAUGCACUGGAAGGCGAGACGGAACCGUCCUUAUCCUAGUUAAUGUGCCCGGCCUUUAAUGCUGGUUUGCCUAAUUUCAGUAUUGCCACUCGAAUCCCUCUCGCCAUCUUCUUAAUUUUAACUUUUUUUUGCAUGGCUUUAUUUAAGGUGUUUCGCUUGUAACUGGUGUAAAAUUGGGCUUCCUUCCCCUCCCAUCUGCAAGACUCCCUAUCAAUCAUGUGUCUCAUCCAUUUGCAUGGAAAGAUGGACAUUAUAUAUUGUGAAGUGAAAAAAGCAUUUUUCAAAAAGUAUAUGUAGUAUCCCAUUUUUGUAAAAAAUGUAUAUUUAUAUAUUAAUAUGCAAAGUAAAACAAAGUAUAUACUUCAAAGGCUUAA